CGGCCCGUCAUUGUCCAUAACCUGGCUCAACCUCCUUGUUCCCUGGAAACGCCUCCCUCCUACCUCCACCCCAGCCGCCUCUCCUCCACCGGCCUCCACCUCGUCCCUGCCUCCGCCGUCAACCAUAUCUCUGUUCUUUCCACCGGCCUCCAUAUCGUCUCUGACCACGCCGCCGAGACGCUCUCUUUACCGCGGUAUCCAUCCAUGGAGCCGAACCCCAAACCCAAGUCAAGCAAGAAAUCGAAGAAGCCCGCCGGCGGGGAAGGGGAAGACAUUGACGCGAUCAAGUCAGACGUCGCCUCGUUCGCCUCCUCCCUUGGUCUUCUCCCGGUAACCGGUGACAACUCCGGCUUCGACGAUUCCGACUUCCGCAAGUCCGGCCCCAUAAAAGCCCCCAGACCGCCGAAGCAACCCAAAACCCCGGAAGCUCCCCAGGACGCCGCAAAACCCCCACACCCUAAACCUACCAAGAAGCCGCAUCCUCUCGAGCUUCAUGGCCCUCCUGCUGCCACCGCUACCGGCGCCACCACUAAUUACCCGCUGGUAAAGGCAGGGGCUCUGUCUGGGCAGUGGUACGUGGAUGCUGAUGAGCUGGAGACCAAGGUCCUAGGCGGCCGCAAGCAUUCCCCGCCAGCUGUUGCGAUUCAGGAGAUGCAGCGGAUGGUGGAGCGUAAAAGGGAGCUGGCGGAGAAGCUCAUGAUGCAGUACAUGAGGGAGUAUGACAUCGUGCGGCGCGGAACUGGUGACCUGAAGCUCCUGGAGAUGUCUGCCAAGUCUGGUACAUCAGCUGAUAAGGUGUCGGCGUUCACAUGCCUCGUCCAGGACAAUCCAAUUGCAAACAGGAGGGCACUUGACUCUCUGCUUGGUAUGGUUGCAUCAAAGGCUGGUAAAAGGUAUGCGUUCACAGGCUUUGAUGCAUUGAGGGAGUUGUUCGAAAUGAGGUUAUUGCCUGAUCGUAAGUUGAAAAGUCUUAUUCAGCGCCCAUUAGACGUUUUACCCGAAACAAAAGAUGGCUACUCGCUUCUGCUAUUCUGGCACUGGGAGGACUGCUUGAAACAGAGGUAUGAGAAGUUUGUUAUUGCACUGGAGGAUGCAUUAAAAGAUAUGCUGCCAAGUCUUAAGGACAAAGCAAUGAAGACCGUUUCUGCCCUUCUAAAGAGUAAAUCUGAGCAGGAACGGCGGUUACUUACAGCUCUUGUUAAUAAACUUGGAGAUCCUGAAAGGAGGGCCGCAUCAAGUGCUGCAUAUCUCUUAACAGGUCUCCUGUCCACUCAUCCAAAUAUGAAGAUGGUUGUGAUAGAUGAGGUAGACUCAUUUCUGUUCAGACCACAUGUUGGGCUUAGAGCCAAAUACCAAGCCGUUAAUUUUUUGAGCCAUAUUUUUCUUACCAAUAAAGGAGAUGGAUCUAAAAUCGCAAAGCGGUUGGUGGAUGUCUACAUUGCACUUUUCAAGGUACUCAUGUCUUCCCCUCGUGAUACUAAAGGAGAUAAGCACAGUAAACGUGGCAAGAAAAAUGAGGAAAAUGGAAAAGGGAAGGGGAGAAAGGACAAUAUCAACGUCUCUAAUUUGCACGGAAACCAUGAAGCCGAUCCACUCGCAGGAUCAGAUUUAGAGAUGGAUUCCCGCCUUCUAUCUGCACUUUUAACAGGUGUAAAUAGAGCAUUACCAUAUGUUGCAAGCUCCGAAGUUGAUGAUAUUGUGGAAGUUCAGACACCAAUUCUUUUUAGACUGGUGCACUCUGAGAACUUCAAUGUUGGUGUGCAGGCAUUAAUGCUUUUGUAUCAGAUCUCUACAAAAAAUCAGAUAGCAAGUGACCGCUUUUACCGUGCGUUAUAUGCAAAACUUUUGAGUCCUUCAGCUGUUACUUCAUCAAAGCCAGAAUUAUUUCUAGGUCUGUUGGUGAAAGCGAUGAAGAAUGAUGUAAUGUUGAAGAGAGUAGCCGCAUUUUCGAAGAGGCUGCUUCAGGUGGCUCUUCAACGCCCUCCGCAGUAUGCUUGUGGAUGCCUUUUCAUACUUUCUGAGGUCCUUAAAACAAAGCCACCGUUAUGGACGAUUGUGCUCCAGAAUGAAUCUGUUGAUGAUGGUAUUGAACACUUUGAAGACAUUGUAGAGAAUCCUGAGGACCCUGCUAUUGCUUUAACAACUCCAAAUAAACAUGAUGGGCCAUCAGCUUCCCUUGAGAAAUACAGUUCUGAUGCUGAGGAUGGUUCUGAUACUACAAAACAAGUAAAUGUGGCUGCUGGCAGUGAGAAGGGUGAAACCAAUGCAUCGACUCAGGGGUCAACAUUGCAUGCAUUAUAUAAUCCACGACACAGAGAGCCUUCUUACUGCAAUGCAGACCGUGCCAGUUGGUGGGAGCUAACGUUAUUGGCCUCACAUGUGCACCCGUCGGUAUUUACAAUGGCCAGGACAUUGCUAUCUGGCAACAAUAUUGUUUAUAAUGGUGAUCCGUUGACAGAUCUGUCACUUCCUGCCUUCCUUGACAAAUUCAUGGAGAAGAAACCGAAAGGAAACCGCAUUGCUGAAGGAAAAUGGCAUGGUGGAUCACAAAUUGCACCAGCUAAAAAGCUUGACAUGAAUCAUCAUCUCAUCGGGCGAGAGCUGCUAGACCUGGAAGAAAAUGAGGUUCCUCCAGAAGAUGUUGUUUUCCAUCGUUUCUACAUGAACAAGACUGGCCCUAUUAAGCCCAAGGCAAAGAAGAAAGCUUCAGUCCUCGAUGAAGAUGCUGGUGAGCUAUUAGCUGAUGACGUUGAUGAUGCAAGUGAUGAAAGUGAUGACGAGAUGCAGGAUCUGGGAGAUGAGUCCGCAGAUGAUGCAGAAUAUGAAGAUGAUGGAGAAUAUGACUACGACAAGUUGGACGCCAAGGCAUUUGAAGAGGAAGGAGAUUUGCUUACAGAUGGCAGUGACGUUGAUGAGUUGGAUGUCAUUUCAGAUGAGGGUGAUGACGAUGAAGAUGAUGGUCUCAGCAUGUCUGGUAUGGACGCUGAAGACGAUUCAGAUAAUAACAUUGGCGACGUAAAGGCAGCACCCCGUGGGCAAAAGCGGAAACAUGGUAAGAAGAGUGGCUCGACUCCAUUUGCAAGUCUAGAAGAGUAUGAGCAUCUCAUGGAUGGGGAUGCCAAGAAGCCAACGCUGAAGAAGCAGCAGCGGAAGCACAAGGGAACAGGGGACAAUGUGGGCCGCAAGGAGAAACUAAAACUGUCUGGGUCACGAAAGAGAAAAUCGAAGAGAUCUGAAUGAGAAUGCGCCUUUUGUACCGUAACACAUGUUGGAAAAUGCUGGUUGCAACGGUGCUCUCCAAAGUUUUGUAGUUUUAGAAGACAGAAGCUGAUCUUUUCACGUGCAAGCGGCUGCAACGUGUUUGUACCUUUUGGCACUCCUGUCGCCGGUGCUCUUGGGCUCGGUGGGGAGGUUGGGUCUUGCAGGAACAGUGGACGUCCGCAAGGUGUCUCUGUGUAUUGUGAUCAUGCAUUAAUCGUCAUCAUUAUGUAAACCUUCUGAGAAGAAACUGUUCGUCCGAGAUUAAUUUUGCUGUAACGAAAUCCAUGCAAUUUAUUUGAGUCGGUGAGAAAAAUUGGACCACACGUUAGAUUGAGUGUGUUAUACCAACAUUGCACGAUAACGCAAAA